AUGAAUAUAGUAAAUUAUGCAAUAAUUCUUUUUCUUUCCUCCUUUAGUAUUGAAUAUCUUCGUGGAUCCUGUUUGCAUCUAUUACAUUGGCGUGAUCGAGAAACAGCUGCAUAUGCUGGAUUAAAAUAAUUGAAAUAGAAAAAUUUGUUAUGAUAUAACCAUUUUUAAUGAUGAUUUUUCCAUAUUCUGUUGACGAAACAAUUGUACUCAAGUUCGAAUUACUUGUUUCUUGGUUAUUCAUAAAAUGGUUUACACAAUAUAUAUAAUAAACUAUUUAAACUUGUUCUAAAAUCAUAUUCAAUACAACAAUCAUCAUCAUCAUUAUUGUCUGUCAUCGUCAUCAUUUCUUUAUGUUUUGUUCUUUUACACACACACACACACACACACAUCUUUUGUAUUUAUUAAAUCAUUAAGCUAAAUAAAAUCAUUCAUUUUAAUUAAAAUAUAUAUUCCAUAUAUUCAUCAUUUGAAAAAUGUUUUCUUUGCAUAUAUAGCCUGGUACCUAGUAUCGGUUUAUUCAGUCAUUAACAUUGAAACUAUAAUUUAUCGGUAAUCAACAGCAACAACGACAAACACAAUCAUUCAUUUUCGUCCAACAUGAUAAUGAAAUUGAUUUUCGAUCCAUUUCCGGCCCUUCUCCAUUUUGACGAUUGAUUGAUGAUGGGACGAUUAGACUUAUCCAAUACAACUUUACGUAUAGGAAUUAAUCCGUUUCCACCUUAUAUACGGCUCAAUCAUAUUGGUCAAGUGGUUGGCGGUGUUGAAGGCAAAAUGUUGGAAACAUUUCAAUCAUAUUUUAAUUUCUCUACAAUCAUGAUAAACAUACAGGAUGAUUAUGGUAAAGAAAAUAUCGAUGGUACAUGGUCCGGAAUGAUUGGUGAAAUUAAUGCCAAUCGAAUGGAUAUUUGUUUUGCUGGUUCGGCAAUGAUUUAUCGACGAUUUUUAAAUAUAAGUUAUCUAUAUCCACAUUUGGUAGACAAAUAUAGUUUUGUUACAUUAUCACCGAGAAAAGUUCCAUCCAAUCAUUUUGAUAUGUUUAUACGACCAUUCGAAAUGAAUGUUUGGUUAUCAUUAUUUCUUGUAUUCAUAUCAUUAUUUAUUGCUGAUAAAAUUUUUCAACUAUAUUCACCUGUAAAAUAUGGAAACAGUAAUAAUAAUGAAUAUUAUUCAGAGAAUAAUAUUAUAUGGAUCUGUUUUCGUCUUUUAUUUCGUCAACAAAUAUCAUGGCCAAUCAAUUGGAUCCAAUGGUUGGUGGCUGGAAAGUUGAUUAUAAUCAUAUGGACAUCAUGCGCGGCCAUAUUGACCACUUAUUAUAGUAGCUAUUUAUAUUCGGUCAUCUCUGUUCCACCAAAUGAAGCAAUCGAUACUAUUGAAAAAUUAUCCGAUGCAUGUCAAUCAAAUCAGAUUGAAGUAUUGGCAAUGAAUAAUUCAUUUAUAAUGGAUUCAUUAAAUAGUUCAACCGAUCCACUUCUUCUUAGUAUCCAUGAAUGUAUAAAAUUUGUCGAUCAUAAAGAAUCAUUAUUACCAUAUCAAAUGCUAUGGGAAUGUUCAACAAUGGAUUGUCAACAUAAUAGCUAUCGUCGUCGUCGUGGCCUUAAACAAUAUGCAUAUCUAAAUUCUAUUUCACGUUUAUAUUUUGCACAAUUGAAAGUUGGCACCGAAUUAAUCUAUAUGCCACCAUCGAAUGGUGAUGCAUAUUUUUAUGAUGUAUUUAUUGCAUUGCCUAUAAGUGAAACAUUACAACCAUAUAGCCAAUCAUUUAAUCUUGUUAUAGAAUAUCUACGUGCAUCGGGUCUAUUAUAUUAUUGGCGUGCAAAAGAAAUCACUUGGGCUAAAUUAGAACAUCGUAAACAACAGGUGCAAAUCAUUCGUAACAUAUUUGAUGGUGAUUUUUCCGUUCUUACUGUUUAUCAUCUUGAGAAUGUAUUCUAUGUUUAUCUAGCCGGUAUGAUUGUUGCAUCAAUAAUAUUGACAAACGAAUUGUUUCGAAAUCAUCGUUAUUUUGAAAAGAUGAAAAAAAUCAACCAAUCUGUUAAGGAUUAUUGUUUUCAAUGUAUUUUUAGCUUGAUGGUCGAUUGGUUUCAACAGAAAAAAUCACCUGGAUAA